CUGAUAAAGAACUCUCUGGACAACUUAUCUUCGCUAUGGAUGGUUUAAAUCCCGAUCGCCAUACUAUAAAGCUAGUGCAUUGGCCUCAAGACAAUCACCCAUCUAUACUUGCCUUCGAGGCUUUCAUCCUGAUCCCUCACCGCACUAAUACUCUAUCGCACUCUCGUUCCAUCGCUCCUCGAAAAGUUUCUCAACAUAGCUGGUCACUUGUUCAGAAAGGCUCCACCGGGGUCAACGCUAUGCAAUUAGUAGUAGUGUCCCAAGAACGAGUUCUGAUCAUCGACAAGGUCGAACACAACCCACUUACAAUAGACGGUCAUCCUGCUUGGGCGUCGGAAUAUAACCUCCUUACACAUGCUGUGAAACCUGUUCGUUUGCAGUCAAACUCAUUUUGUGCUGGUGGUUCUUUCCUAGGAAACGGUACUUUGAUCAAUGUAGGAGGAAAUCCUGUUGUAGAGGAUCAUACUGGCGCAGCAGAUUUUGGCGAUGUCAAUGGCCUCCAAGCCGUCCGCCUAUAUCACCCUUGCGACUCGGUCGACGGCGAAUGCUCUUUCUAUGAGAAUCAUGAACGUGUCAGAAUGGCGAGUCCUCGAUGGUACAACUCCGUAGUUCGCAUUUCCGAUGGGAGUGCUAUGAUUAUCGGAGGAUCGAUCAAAGGUGGAUGGAUUAAUAACGCGACUGUCAACAAUCCCACCAUCGAGUAUUACCCUCCCAAGUCUAUUCAUGGCUCUAAAGGAAACCCCAUUCAUAUACCCUUCCUCCAGGAAACUGUCGGAGCUAAUCUUUUCCCUAUCGCUACAUCUCUCCCUGAUGGUCGGGUCUUUAUUGCUGCCAACCAGGAUGCAAUCAUUUACGACUGGAAACGCAAUACUGAGAUUCGUCUUCCUCGGCUACCUAACGGCGUCAGGGUUACUUAUCCUAUGGCUGGCACAGGUCUACUACUCCCCCUUUCUUACGAAGACAACUAUACUCCAACUAUUCUUCUCUGCGGUGGGUCUACCGUUGACGACAAAACAGCAUCAUACGAGAUUUCUUCGCAAACCCCGGCUUCUUCACAGUGCGUUCGAAUGGUUCUUGACGAGGGUGGAAUAAAAAAAGGUUGGGAGGUUGAGCAAAUGCCUCAAGCUAGACUCAUGCCUGAUGCUGUCUUCCUUCCCACCGGACAAGUGGUCAUCAUCAACGGGGCUGGAUCCGGAAUUUCAGGCUAUGGAAACGUCAAGGACCAAGUAGGAGCUUCGAAUGCGGCAAAUCCUGUUCUCAAGCCUGUUCUCUACGACCCUUUAUUACCCCCUGGGUCUCGCUUUUCCUCGGAAGGACUGCCCUCUAGCUCUAUCCCCCGAUUGUAUCACAGUGUCGCCAGUUUGACACCUCAAGGCAAUAUCAUGAUCGCUGGUAGCAACCCCAAUCUGGAUCGCAGCGAAGUUGCUUAUGGAACGGAGUAUAGAGCCGAGUGGCUGAACCCGCCGUAUAUGGGUGCUCAAAGGCCUAAAAUCCUGAAUUACAAGAACGUGGAGACGAUACCAUUUGGAAAGACUUUCUCUUUACGUGUCGAGAACUGCGGUGACAAGUCUCAAGGUCGAGGCGUUUUCAUGGAUCUCGGAUUUGUUACACAUGCUGUUCAUAUGAAUUCGCGUAUGGUCUAUGCAAAGAUUAUUCAAACGGCGGACGGGCUGUGGUCGAUUACUGCACCUCCGAAUGAAAACGUCUAUCCCCCAGGGCCUGCGUGGAUGUUUUUCUUGUGCGAUGGGAUUCCUAGCGAAGGGAAGAAGGUGAUUAUUGGUGAAGGUCACAGUCCUCCUGUCGAUGAGGCAAUUGCACAUUAAAACAUUGACGAGAUGCGCAUGGCACGGGCGCCCUAUUAUUUUUCCUAAUUUUUUCCCCCACUCUGUUAUGUCGUUUUGUUCAUGCGGUUCUUGUGUUUCCCCAUGCCCGUGGUUAAUAUAUACCAAUACAC